AUAUACAGUUGAGCUACUCAGUUUCCCUGAUCACUAAACAGAAAAAUGGUUUGCAUGCGGUAUCCAAUAUUGCUGUGGCUGGCCUUGUUACAAUUAUAUGAUGUAUCUGGAAUCUGUCGCAGUUUCAUCCCUGUAGCUUUCCAAGCUGAAAUGGGAUCUGACAAAACCAUUGCUAGCGGUCAGACAUGGAUUUAUGACAAAAUCAUCACCAACGUGGGGAACGGUUACAAUUCAACCACUGGGGAAUUCUUUGCUCCUGAAAAAGGCCUCUAUUUGUUUGCCUGGUCCUCCCUUAGUGACCCAGGGAAACAGUCACAUGCUGGGUUGGUUGUGAAUGGGAAGAUGAUGGGAAGACAAGGUUCAAAUAAUAUAAAUGGUGGACAUAAGUGGGUAACUGCUGGGAACACCAUAAUCCUGGUUCUGCAGGAAGGAGACCAUGUGUAUAUCAAGGAUGUCCAUGAUAGAGUCGCGGAGUUGCUGGGUCCAUGGACAACCUUCAGUGGAGUACAACUGGCUUGACACCUGAUUACAAUAACUUGUAACUGUCCCGUGUUAAUAAAAAAAAUUGUUUAAAA